ACAUGCUAAACCUGCUGAAAACAUCUGGAUCCACAGCAUCCUAUUGAGCCUCCAAACUGGAUACCUACGGAGUUCCCAACUGCUCGCCUCAUGGAGCACCUGGGACUGUGAGCUUUCUCUGCAGUCUCGUAUUGCCAUAUAUUCAACCCUCUGCCAUGGAGAAGACCUGCAUGCCGACAAUUAACCCCCCCCAAAUGGCCCAACGGAAAGUGGACAUUGAAAACAGGUGCUUUCAAAAGAGGUGGGAGGCAGAGUACCUGUUUGCUGACAUUGAAAAUAGGGCGGUGUGCCUUGUUUGCAGAGAUACGGUGGCUGUCUUUAAGGAAUAUAACAUGAGACGGCACUAUGAGGCCAAACAUCAGGACAAGUACAAACACCUGAACAUGGAGCAGAAGCUGAAGAAAGCGGAAGAGUUGAAGAAGAACCUGAUCUCCUUCAGAAAAGCAAAGUCACAAAGCAAAGCUGCUGUGAAAGCUAGUUAUAUCGUGGCAGAAGAGAUAGCUAAAUCAGCCUGGCCCUUUACCGAGGGUGAGUUUUUGAAGCGCUGCCUGCUUCAAGUGUGUGAAAUCUUGUGCCCAGACCAAAAGGAAGCGUUUUUGAACGUAAGCCUAAGCAGAAAUACUGUUGCCAGUCGGAUAGGUGAGCUCGCCGGUGUUUUACACGGACAGUUGGUUGAAAAGGGAAAAGAUUUCAUUGCCUAUUCCCUUGCUGUGGACGAGAGCAUUGACAUCUCUGGCAUGGCUCAGCUGACAAUCUUCAUCCGUGGAGUGGACUCAGCUUUAUGCAUUACAGAGGAACUUUUGGAGAUGAAAUCAAUACAUGGCACUACCACAGGAAAGGACCUAUUUGAAGCAGUAUCGAAAUGCGUAAAUGACAUGAAACUGCCCUGGGAUAAACUUAUGGGACUGACAACGGAUGGAACACCUUCAAUGUGCGGGGAAGAGAGUGGGUUAGUGGGAAGAAUGCGAGAGAAGAUGAAGAGCGAGAAUUGCACAGGUGUGCUGACGGCAUAUCACUGCCUCAUGCACAAGGAAACGCUGUGCGGCAAAACCCUGAAGAUGGAACAUGUAAUGAGCACUGUCACACAGACAAUUAACUUCAUAAGAAGAGCCAAGGAUUUAAAUCACUGUCAAUUUAAGUCUUUCCUUGAGGAGAUACAUUCUGAACUUGGUGAUCUGCCCUACCACACAGAGGUGGGUUGGCCAAGUCAAGAAAAAGUGCUCAAUGGAUUUUUUGAGCUGCGUGUGGAAAUUUGUCAGUUCGUUGAAAGUGAAGGGAAAGACUCCACGGUACUGAGGGAUGGAAAGUGGCUGUGCGAAUUAGCCUUUCUGUGCGACGUAACGAAGCAUCUCACUGAGCUAAACCUUCAGCUUCAGGGACGGGACCGUGUGAUCACGGACAUGUAUGACGCAGUGAAAGGGUUUCAAGUAAAGUUGCGACUCUGGGAGACUCAGAUUCAGCAAGGAAACUUGGCUCACUUUCCCUGUUGCCAAGCAAUUGUCAGCCAAGUCUCCACCACUGUGUUCUCGCAGGCUCGGUUUGCGGAUAAACUGAGCGCACUUCACAGGGAGUUUACACGUCGCUUUGUUGAGUUGGAAGCGCAGACGUUCAAUUUUGGACUGUUUGUUAAUCCGUUCUCAGUCGAUGUGAAGAUAGCCCCUGUGGACCUCCAGAUGGAGCUGAUAGAACUCCAGUCUAGCAGCACACUGAAGGCCAAGUACGAUUCUGUAGGAUUCACCCAGUUCACCCAGCUCAUCCCUGAAACGAUGCCCCAACUCCGCCUACGAGCUGCUCAAAUGCUCUGCAUGUUUGGUAGCACACACCUGUGUGAGAAUGUUUUCUCCAUGAUGAGGGUGAACAAAAGGGCACACAGGAGUGUUCUCACUCCUGCACACCUCCUCUCUAUCCUGAGAGUUUCCACAGCUCAAAACCUAACCGUAAACUUGGAUGAGCUUGUAGCCAAGAAAAGAUGCCAAACAUCCAGCAGGGACAAAAAGGGCCAGCGGAUGAAGAUGGCCAGGGUACACCCUGACCGUGGAGAAGAACUAUCUCGUCUCUCUGCCGCAACAUCUCAGUGCUCUGUAUCCUUUGAGGACGUGGCUGUGUAUUUCACGGAGGAGGAGUGGGCUCUGUUGGAUUCCAGCCAGAGAGCCUUACACAGAGAAGUCAUGCUGGAGAAUUCUAGGAAUCUGGCUGCUGUGGGUUAUGGGCAAGAGUAUGAGAAUUACCAGGAGCUCAACUUUACGCUAUUCCAGUCUGAAGAAAGGAUGCUUGGAAUUCAGAGGCUACUUCAAAAGAGUACGAAAAGCUGCCUAAAGAAUGGAAGGAAGAAAUCUUCUCCUUCAAAUCACAAUGAAAUCCUCCCAGCUCAGCAACUUCAGCAACAAGUAGGAAGUGAAAAAUAUUUUGGGGAUGACAAGAAAGAGAGAUCGAAAUUUGUUUUUAGUAAAUAUUGUACAAACCAGAUUGAAGAGAAACAAUAUGAACGUCAAGAGUAUGUGCAAAGUAUCAGUCUUAGCUCUUCUCUUCUUUUACAUCACCCAUCAUUCAUCCAAGAGACACCGUAUGCACUUAUAAAUUGUGUGGAAAAAUUCACAUUGAACAGUCAUCUUAUAUUGGAUGGAGAGGAUAACCCAUAUGAGUGUGGAAAGGCUUUCACCAAGAAACAGUUGCUUAUUUUACCCCCAGAAAAUCCCCCAUUGGAAAAACAAUAUAAAUGUCCGGAGUGUGGCAAGACCUUUACUCAUAGAUGUAAACUUACUGUCCAUGAACGGACGCACACGGGGGAGAAGCCAUAUACGUGUCAGGUGUGUGGGAAAAGAUUCAGUCAGACUGGUCACCUCACCAGACAUGGACGAACCCACACUGGGGAGAAACCAUAUACGUGUCUUCACUGCGGAAGGAAGUUCAGUGGAAGUUCAAACCUUAUCAAACAUGUAAGGAGCCACACGGGAGAGAGACCGUAUAAAUGUACAGAGUGCGAUAAGAGCUUCAGUCGGAAAACGACCUUUAUUUAUCAUAAAAGGAUCCACACAGGAGAAAAACCCUACGAGUGCCUGGAAUGCGGGAAGAGCUUCGGGCGUAACUUUAGCCUGAUGCAACAUAAAAGGACCCACACCGGGGAGAAACCGUAUCAAUGCCUGGUCUGUGGAAAGAGUUUCAGUGGAUCCUCGGAUCUUAUGUAUCAUAACAGGAUUCAUACAGGGGAGAGACCGUAUAAAUGCCUGGAGUGCGGAAAGCAAUUCAGUAGGAGAAGUCGCCUCACGGCUCACAAAAGGAAGCACACAGGGCAGAAACCGUACACCUGCCUGGUGUGUGGAAGGAGAUUCAGUCAGAGUGGUCACCUCACAAGACACAAAAGAACCCACACCGGGGAGAAACCGUAUACAUGUCUAAAGUGUGGAAGGAACUUCAGUGGAAGUUCUAGCCUUGUGAUACAUGUGAGAAUUCACACGGGGGAGAAACCAUACAAAUGUACCGAGUGUGGAAGAUGUUUCCGUCAGAGAACCACCUAUAUUUACCAUCGAAGGAUCCACACAGGAGAAAAACCCUACAAAUGCCUGGAGUGUGGGAAGAACUUCAGGCGAAACGGUCACCUUAUGAAACAUAAAAGGAUGCACAUGAGUGAGAAACCCUAUAAGUGUUUGGAGUGUGGAAAGAACUUCAGUGUUCGCUCAGAUCUGAACUGUCAUAGGAGGAUUCACACGGGGGAGAGACCGUAUAAGUGUUUGGAGUGUGGAAAGAGUUUCAAAUACAGCAGUCAUUUUAUUUGCCAUAGAAGGAUUCACACUGGGGAGAAACCAUUCAAAUGCGCAGAAUGCAGAAAGAGCUUCAGUCAAAAAAAUCACCUUUCACAACAUAAAAGAAUCCACACAAAGGAAAAACCCUAUAAAUGUUUGCAGUGCGGAAAGGCCUUUACACAGAGAUGUAAAUUUACUAUCCAUGAAAGGAGCCACACAGGGGAAAAACCGUAUGUGUGCCUGGUCUGUGGAAAGACCUUCACACAGAGAUGUAAACUCAACAUACACGAAAGGAUCCACACAGGGGAGAAACCAUAUAUAUGCUUGGUGUGUGGAAGACGAUUCAAUCAGAGUGGUCACCUAACAAGACACAAAAGAACUCAUACUGGGGAGAAGCCAUACACGUGUCUGAAGUGUGGAAGGAAGUUCAGUGAGAGUUCAAGCCUUGUGAUGCACGUAAGAAGCCACACGGGAGAGAAACCAUACAUAUGUAUGGAAUGCGGAAAGAGCUUCCGUCAAAACAGUGUCUUUGUUUGCCAUAAAAGGAUCCACACCGGAGAAAAACCAUACAAAUGCACUGAGUGUGGAAAGAACUUCAGUCAGAACAGUAGCCUUUUGAAACAUAAAAGAAUUCAUACAGGGGAAAAACCAUAUCAAUGCCUGGACUGUGGAAAGAGAUUCAGUGUACGCUCGGAUCUUACAUAUCAUCGGAAAAUGCACACAGGAGAGAAAUCGUUUAAGUGUUUGGAAUGUGGAAAGAGUUUCAAUUGCAGCCGUUAUUUUAUUCGCCACAAAAAGAUCCACACAGGGGAGAAACCAUACAAAUGCCUGGAGUGUGGAAAGAGUUUCAGUCAGAACAGUCAUCUUGUCAAACACAGAAGGAUUCAUACAGGGGAGAAACCCUAUCAGUGCCUGGAGUGUGGAAAGAGCUUUACCACUGCCUUACAUCUUACAUAUCACAGAAGAAUGCACACCGGGGAAAAACCUUACAAGUGUUUGGAAUGUGGAAAGAGUUUCAAUUGCAGCAGUUAUUUUAUUUGCCAUAAAAGGAUCCACACAGGGGAGAAACCAUAUAAAUGCCUGGAAUGCGGAAAGCAAUUCACUAGGAGUAGCCAUCUUGCCUAUCAUAAAAGGAUGCAUACAGGAGAGAAACCGUACAAAUGCACAGAGUGUGGCAAGAGCUUUUCAUAUAACAAUGGCCUUAGGUACCAUCAAAGAAUCCAUACUGGAGAGAAACCAUAUACCUGCUUGAAGUGUGGAAAGAAGUUCAGUGCAAGUGCAAACCUUAUGAUGCAUAUGAGAAUCCACACCGGGGAGAAACCGUAUAAAUGCACGGAGUGUGGGAAGAGCUUCCGUCAGAACAGCGUCUUCAUUUGCCAUAAAAGGAUCCACACAGGAGAAAAACCGUACGAAUGCACAGAGUGCGGCAAGAACUUCCGUCAGAAUAGUAACCUUAUCAUACAUAAAAUAAUUCACACGGGAGAGAAACCGUACAAAUGCACAGAAUGUGGAAAGAGCUUCAGCCACAAAAGUCACCUCACGAGACAUAAAAAAAUUCACACGGGAGAGAAACCCUGUAAGUGCACAGAUUGUGGAAAGAGUUUUAGUCGAAAUAGUCACCUUAUGAAACAUAAAAGAAUCCACACAAGAGAGAAACCGUAAUUUGGGAGUUUUCAUCACCCAAGUAUUUUCAUCUUAUAAAGGGAAAAAUAGAAAUAUGGUGACUGUAAAGUUCAGUAGCCUUGUCAGACUUAAAGGAAUCCACAUGGCAGAACCAUAAAAACACCCGAAGUGUGGAAAUAAAUUAAAAGAGUGUUGCACUUAUUUCUCAUAAGAUGUCGUGUGGUGGGAAGAAUGUCUGGAGUAAAUGGAAUUACCAGGACCAACCUUUUUUUUCCCUUAAAAAAAAUACAGGAGAAGAUACAUAAAUACGUUUAUGUGCUACAUGGACUUAAAUGUGCUACAUGGACUUAAAUGUCCAAAUGUGUGGAAAGACCAUAUCCAUUUGGUAUAAAAAGUAUACCUAGGAACGGAUUUAAAAAAACCCUGUUUUAAUAAGGCCUAUCAUUUUACAUCCUAGAGAUGUUCCAUUCAGGAGAGAAACUAAAUGAGUGGAAUGUGAAAAAGGUAGUGACAGCUGAACCUGCAAAGUGGCCGUGACAAAGAACAACUUCAUAUUGUUACUCGAAAAGGAAUCAUAAUCAUUGCCAAAUAAUAUUUCUGAUUGGCUAAUCCCAUAUGUCAAGCCGUCUUUCUUUAAAUACGAUGCAGGCAAGAGAUGAAGGGUUUGGAUCAUGACAUGUGGAUAUUGUUUUGAUCCCCUGAAGAGAUCUCUGAUUAAAAUCCUGGAUCUGAGCUUCACUUCUUACAACUUCCUCCAUUUGGUUCUUCUCAGCCAAUCAGUAAUUAUGACAUUUUUUAUAACAUUAUUUUUUUUCCAACCUGCAAUGUUAAGGUUCCAGGUGGUCCAAGAUAGGCCUUGUAGCUUAGUUCCUGAAAUAGACCUCAGUUGCUAUUUGCUGUCAUUUGUUGGAACAAAAGAAAUCCUAAAUAUACAUCCAAAACAUUUUCUCUGAUAAAGAAAAUGUGAAACAAGAAUGAAAGAAGAUUGAAAGGACUCCAGAGAAAAAUGCCUGAAGGAGAAGGAAUUAUUGCUAUUUAUUAUUAU